AUGGUGAAUCAAGCUGAAUUUGCGGCAUUGUUGGAUGAGCUCAAGAAGAUUAAUGCUCGGUUGGAUAAGUCGGAAGAAGUUACUGCUUUACUCCAGCAAGAACUACAUAACCGUGAACCACCUCCGCUCAUACGCAAUCACACAGUUGAGGAGAUAAAGCUUGCUGAUUUGCCUAGCUUUGACAGUGAUGGUGAUCCAGACUUAUACUUGGAUUGGGAGAGGAGAAUGGAACGUAUAUUUGCAAACAAAAAUCUGGACGAUCACAAACGUUUCAAUCACGCUAUCCUCAAGAUCACAAGGUAUGCUUCCCUUUGGUUUGAUUCCAUGCAAAAUAACCGUGAAAGAGAAGGUAAGCCACAACUCUCUACUUGGACAGAUUUAAAGACUAAGAUGAAAAAACGAUUUGUUCCACGAUCUUAUAAGCAAGACUUGUAUUUGAAAUUAAAUUCUUUGACACAAGGAUAUAUGUCGGUUGCUAAUUAUAUCAAAGAAUUCGAAAGACUUUAUAUUGCUUGUGAUUGCAAGGAUGAAGAGGAACAAAAGAUUGCAAAAUUUGUGAUUGGUUUGAAUACUUCUCUACGUAAUCAAGUCGAAGUACUACCCUUGACUACUUUUGAUGAUGUUUGUAUGAUUGCUUGCAAGUUAGAGAAGCAAAAGAAGCCAUACCCUUCUAUUAAGCCGCAAACCGAAAAUUAUGAUAUUGCUCCAAGUUCAUUAGAUGCCACGUCUAAGCAUGACAAACUUGUGUCAAACUUAAAGCAAGGGCAAUCUUCUCUGCCUCAAAGUCAACAAAAGAUGAAACAAAUUGUUUGUUUUAAGUGUCAGGGCAUGGGGCGUCUUGCUAAGCAAUGUCCAAACAAGGCACUUAUUACUAAGGAGGAAUACUACACGUUUUUAUCUCAAAACGUGGAUGAAUUGGAUGUGCUUGAACAACAACACCAACAAGCCUUAGUUAAAGACAAAUCGCAAGAUGUGAUGGAUUCUUAUUUUUGGGAAAAUCAACAGGUUUGCUAUGCAGAAAAUGAGCCUAAGAGCUUGAUUAUAAGGAGGUCUUUAUUAGCCACGCUUGAUGAGAAAGAAGAUGAGCAAAGGUCUAAUCUUUUCCAUUCUAAGUGCCUAAUUAAUGGUAAAGUUUGCUCUUUUAUAAUUGAUAGUGGCUCUUGUACAAAUGCUUGUGCUUUGUCUAUGGUGGAUUCGCUUCAAUUACCUACAAGAAAGCACCCUCAGUCAUACAAAUUGAGUUGGUUUAAUUAUGACAAUGGUGUGUGGGUUAAAAAACAAGCUUUGAUUGGUUUUAAAGUAGGUGACUAUGUGGAUCAAAUUUGGUGCGAUGCCGUGCCAAUGACCGCAUGUUCUUUGCUUCUUGGACGACCUUGGCAAAGUGAUAGACACGUUUUUCACAAUGGCAAGACUAAUGUCUAUUCGGUUCUAAUUGGAGACAAGCGUUUAGCCUUGCAUCCCUUACCUCCUAUACGUCCACCUAUGCCUAAAGAACAAAAAGGAGGCGUUUCUCAUGUGUGUUUUAGCUCGUGCCAUCAGGAGGUGCUUGAUUGUUCAAACGAUAAGAGAGAACGAAGGGACAAAUUGCUCCAAAUGCGCAAAGGAACUAAUCUGCAAGAGGGAUCGAAAGUGUGGUUGUCCUUAAAUGCUCAACGUAUGCAUAUUGAUCACAAGAAUGGUGAACCAAUGGAUGAGGGACCGUUUGACAUUGUUGAGAAGGUUGGCUAUGAAACAUUCAAGGUUCUUCUAGGGAAUGGAGUUUGUGCUACUCUUCCUUCGUCCGAUUUGGUACCUUGCUUUGAGGAUGAAACUUGA